ACCAUUACUCUUUCGACUCGAUUCGAGAAAAUUGAGGUUUUCAAAGCUUUAUAGUACAUAGGAAACUAGUCGCUCCACUUCAGUCCGCAUAGAUUACUCAUAAUGAGAACUCGAAAUUCCGAUUCCUCUUCCAAAUCCGCAACCCCUAAGAAGACACCGCCGGCGAGGAAAUCCGCCACCAAAACCGCCGGUGAAUCCCCUGCGGCAAAGCGCACUCCUGCCACCAAAACUAGAAGCGUCACGAAGAAGGAGGCCUCGCCGGCACCCGACCCGAUCUCCGACUCCAAUCCGGAUCCAUCGCCUCAGGAGCAGAAAUCAGUGGGCAAUGCUACCACUACAAAAUCUGCAAAGAAGAGGACACCAGGGAGACCGAGAACUAAAUCUUGUGCUGCUCCAAAUUUGGGAGAACAGUUGGAGGCGGUGGCUGAUGAAACUCCGAUUGUGGAUGAUUUUGAGGCUGCAGAGAAAGUGGAAGAACCUGGAGGUGUUGAGAGUGAGAAAGAAGGGGAACAAGGUGUUGAGCCUGUUGGAUUAUCUGAUGAGAAGGAACAAAUGUCCAUGGAAAUGGAUGAACCUGUUGUGAAAGUUUGCGAAUCGGCGGAUAAGGGGAAGAACGUAGUGGAAGUUGAAGAAACUGUUUCUCUGGAUGCUUCUGGUUCUUUUAAAAAUGCAGGGUGCACCAUUGUGGACCUCAAUAUAUCUGCGGAUAAUGAAGAUUGUUCUGGUGCAAUGGAGGGGGAGGAAGAGAAGAUGGAAGAGGAGGGAGAGAAAGGAAAGGAGGAGUUGAAGGAACAGGAGGGGGAGAAAGAGUUUAAGGAACAGGUGGGAGAGAAAGGAAACGAAGAGUUGAAGGGUCAGGAGGGAGAGAAAGGAAAGGAAGAGUUGAAGGAUAAUGAGGGAGAGAAAGGAAAGGGAAAAGAAACAAACAUUAUUGAACACGAAGAGCACUCUAACACUGAGUCUUAUAGUGUAGAAGUGAAAGCCCAGUUGCUAAAAGAAGAUGUUAAUCCUGAAAAAGAUGGCGAUGAAGGACCAAAGGAUGGUGAAAAGUUAGAUCUUGGAGAACAAGAUGGGGAGGAACAUUUUGAAGAAGAUAUGGAGGAUCCUCCAGAAGAAACUGAGGCAUUCGAACAGGAGCAUAUGGAAUUGGAGGCCAUUGCAAAGCAGCGAAAGAUUAAGAAAGAACAUGAGAUAUUUGUUGGCGGCCUGGAUCGUGAUGCUACAGAAGAAGAUUUGAGAAAGGUUUUUCAGAGGAUUGGUGAGGUAGUUGAAGUCAGGUUGCAUAAAGAUUCUUCAACAAAUAAAAAUAAAGGCUAUGCUUUUGUAAAGUUUGCUAAUAAGGAACAUGCAAAGAAAGCUUUGUCUGAAAUGAAGAACCCUGUUAUACAUGGUAAACGAUGUGGCACUGCACCCAGUGAGGAUAAUGAUACAUUAUUCUUGGGAAAUAUUUGCAAUACAUGGACAAAAGAAGCUAUUAAACAGAAGUUGAAGGAUUAUGGUAUUGAAGGGGUUGAAAAAAUUACACUUGUCCCAGAUGUUCAACAUGAAGGAUUGAGCCGAGGCUUUGCAUUCCUUGAGUUCUCUUGUCAUGCUGAUGCCAUGCUUGCCUACAAGAGGCUUCAAAAGCCUGAUGUCGUCUUUGGCCAUGCUGAGCGAACUGCCAAGGUAGCUUUUGCUGAACCCAUACACGAACCAGAUCCAGAGAUAAUGGCACAAGUGAAGUCUGUCUUUAUUAAUGGUCUCCCUCCUCACUGGGAGGAAGAUAUCGUGAGGGAGCUGUUUAAAUCUUAUGGUGAAAUUAUAAGAAUUGUACUAGCUCGGAAUAUGUCUACAGCUAAGAGGAAGGAUUAUGGAUUUGUUGAUUUUUCUACACAUGAAGCUGCUGUAGCUUGUGUUGAUGGUGUAAAUAAAUCAGAAUUGGGUGAUGGGGCAUCAAAGAUAAAAGUGAGAGCUAGGCUUUCAAAUCCUUUGCCUAAAACACAGGCAGUCAAGGGUGGCAUGUGUGGUGGAUUCCGAAUUGGUCAUUCUAGGGGUGGAUCCUUUCCAAGACCUGGAAGGGGUUUUGGGCGGGGAAGACAUCCCUUCAACAACUGGGGAAAUUUCAACAGGGACAGGAGUUUCUAUCAUGGUGGACGCAGUCAAAUUGAAAGAAUGGGUUUGCGGGAUGACCUUGAUGUUAAUAUGUAUCCAGAUUUCCGUCAGAGGCAAUUUGGCCCCCAAGGAGCUGCAAGGGGUGGACAUCAUGCAGGUAGCCGAGGUGCUGCAUUUGCUGGUCCAUCUAGACGUUAUCAUGAUAGAGCAUGGUAUGGUAUCCGUGAUGGUGGCCCUAGUGAGCCUAUUCCUCCAAGAAGGCCCUACUCACCAGGUAGACAGUUUGAUGUGCCUUUUAGGGGAAGGCAUUUUGAUGAUCCAUAUCUUGAGGAUGACAGCAUGCAUGGGAUGAAACGACCAUUUUAUAUGACUGACCCUGAACCUGAUUACAUGGGGCCUAAUAGACUUCGUCCCCGAUUGGAUUAUGCAGAUCCGUCUAUAUUUCAUGGAAGUCGAUACCAUGAUUCUCUUGGGGCCGGCAGCAGACAGUACCCACAUGACUAUUAUGGUUCUGAUUAUGGUGGAGGUCCAUAUUCAUCUUUUUAUGGGGGUGAUGGCUCUCAUGGACAUGGAUACUAUUAUUAGUAUGAGGAACCUUUUGGUGGAUCAGGAAUUGUGGAAUGGACAUCUUCAAUUACAAGCAUGCGGCUAGAGCAUACAAUUUUGAAGUUGCAUAUUUACUUUAUGCACUUCUCUCUUAUUCCCAUUCCACCUGUUUUUGUUUCUAUAUAUCUAUUAGAACAUAGGUGGUAUAGACUAAGUUAUUUAAUGUGUGUGGGGGGGGAGGUUAUUUCUCUCAGGUAUUGAUAAGACUUAUAUGGAAUGGGCUAGAUUUCCUUCGAUUACUUAGGUCUGAGGAGAUCAGGGACUAGUUAGUAGUUGAGGAUGCUUUGUUGAAUGUACAAUAUAAUUUAUGAUUCAUCAAGUAUAAUUUUGAUGAUCAGAAAGUUCAUAGGAGUAUUGGAAGCAAAAUCCUUCAGGUGAUGGAUUUAUAUUUUUACAAAGUAUAGACCAGGUUUGAUAUUUGAAUAUACAUAUGGAGGCUCUUGUGAUUUGUAUGAAGGUUCUCGAGAGUUUGCUUGUUGCUCACUUUCAUGAUUAGGAGUCAUAUUUUGAUCUGAACUGAAAGCAUUACCCUAUUUUUGAAGUUCUUUUGAUUGGGUUGGGUCCGUUUAAAUAUUUAUUGAUGUCCAUGUGGAAGCAGCCUUUUUAUGGAAUGUUUUUUGUUUGUUGAAUAUGCUGGAAGAUGAGACUACGGAUUAAAUUCAGUGAAAGGUUAACCUUAAUUUGGAUCAAUGAUCAUGGAUUCUGUUAUGGUUAUGGGGCAAAUGAUCCAUUUGAUUGAUUUGGUUCCUUAAUGAUAUUAAGUAAUUGCUACUUUGGGUAACCUUGAGGAGAUCUCCUUAUUUUCUACUUUUGGAUGUAGUAUUGACACUGGCUGAGAAUUAAAUCGCUGUUGAUGGAGAGUGAGAAUAUCUAAUGGUGUGGACAUGUAGGGAUGUCCCUUACUGUUAUGUCAUUGAAACUUGUUUGGGAUGGUUCUUGAAACAUAUUGUGAAUCACCAGGCAAAUGGAAUUGUGAAAAAUUAUUUGUUCACCUUGCAUUGAAGGUUACUAGGUUGCUUCUCUUUCUGUUGUAUUUUAGAAUUUUUAUUGUAGUGAAUAGGUGGUAAGUGCAAAGUGAUAGGAGUGCUACUUGGGAUGUAGCAUGAUCAGUGCCUGUUUCUUGAAUAUUUAUUGGUUAACAUAUUUGUACCUAACAGUUCAAGGUGUAAUAUGAUUUAUUCUGAGGCAAUAAUCUGAUCAAAAACCGCAAUGGUCACCUAAAGAAGCCAAAGGUGUAAUGCGUCAUGCUUAACAGCUUAAAGAUUGUGUCAGGCACUGGAACAAUACUUGGAUUGAAGAUGUGUAAAAUGCGUAGGUUUUGCUAGGCUUACAUUCCAUUUUCAAUGUAGAUCUUACUAGGAUUUUCUUGGGGUGUUUUCUGUUUAUGUGGCCUUAAAUUGCUGCUUCUUGUUUUAGAAUAGUAAUGCUAUGUAAAUUAUUCAACAUAGUAGGUAAUUUUGUUUUUUUAUUCUUUCCAUUGUUUUUCAAGCACCAUAUGCUAGUGACAAUUUCUCAAAUUCUGUUGUGUGGUAAGUUUUGAUAUAAAUAAGGCAAUUAUGCUUUUUGUUGAAAAAUGUCUUGAAUAUCAAGAGACACAUUUGUGUGUACGUGUCUGUGUUUUAAAACAUUUGUUAUGCUAUCCUUUUGGUUUAGGUUGUUAUAUAUACAUAAUAACGGAAAUUCUAACCUUCUCUCCUUAUCUGAGGUCAGCAUCCAUCAGUGUUUUAGUUGGACAGAAGGGCUUCCUUUUGUCUUGUCCUAUUCAACUUAAAUAGCAGGGCCAUUUUAGUAAUUACAAAUUAAAAAAAUUAUCUACUAAAAAAUAUAAUAUUAGUCAGUACAUAUGACUACCAAUUAAAAAUACACCUCCCUCGUUCACAUGAACUAAUAAUAUUUCAAUUCCUUGUGAAAACUUCCCUGCUUGCUAUCAUAGAAAAUUGCUGUAUAUAUACAGAAGUCGCUAGGACUCGGUAUUUAGGGGAGGGCUUGCCAUCUUCAUUGCUUUACAACAUCUGCUUCCUUUUUGUGCUCAUUUGGGCUGCAUGAUGCCCAACCCGAAGGCUUUUUCUAGAUGCCUUCAUCAACUACGUUUGAGGUUUCCCUUGAUGACUCCCUCCAUUAAUGGAUGACGGAGCUAACUAUCAGAUGGGAAUUGAUUUGGCAUCCUCUUCUAAUUUAAAUAUGCUUCCUUCGUCUCCCUGUGACCUAGAAUUUUCCUUUGUUCUAGUGAUCAAGCAUAGAACCAUGACUUUGGAUUACGAUCAAUAGAAAAGGGGGUGUGAUUAGUUACAUCUUUUAAUGGAUUUAUGAAUAAAGUCUGGCAUAAUCCAAUUAAUUGUCAAAUUAUUGCUAGGAACCAAUACCAAUGUGACGGAGCAACCUUUUCAGGAGUAGAGGUUAAAGUGGUUUAUGAGGAGAAAAGUUUCUGUGUUUUAGGACCACAGAAUAUUCAGUGCUUUUUUUUUACUAAAUAGAAUAAAAUGUAACAUUUUUAUACCAUCUUUUCCUUUUUAUUUAUUUUCACCCAUAUUUCAUUUCCAGGAUCACAGAAACUUUUCUCGUUUAUGAGAUGACAGUUAUUUGUAUUGGUUAAAAUUGUACAAUUCUGAUAUAAAAUCUGAGAUUUGGAAUUAUUAAAAUGGUCCUAUUAAUUAAGUUAAAUAAGAAAAGUCUUUUGACCAACUGAAAGGGUAACGAUGGUCGAUGCUAACCUUCAUCUCAAGUAGAGGUUAGCAUUCAUUCACCGCAUAUAUAUAAUGUGUGAUGAGAUUGCACUCUAUUUUUUAUCCUUCGCUUCUUGCAAAAGUUUUAAUUUCAUUUGUUCCACCUCCUUUAUUAUUUCAAGUGCGACAAUCAUUUAUUUUCUUUCGGGUGGUUAUAUAAGGGGAACCAGUUUGUCGCAUAUAUUUCUGAAUUUUCAUUUAGGAAGUUUGAAGAUGAGAAGACUGGACCUUUUGUCUUUUGGCAAAGCAUGUGAAAUUGAAUAGAAAGUGCUUGCAAAGUUAAAUCAUGUCAAAAAAAAGUUUGUGACUUUUUCUAAUGCCUUUUAGAUAUGUAUUUCAUCGUGCUCCAGGUAUGUUAGACUGGUUAAUGAUGACAUCUUUGGUAUUUUUGAGCCAUGAUCAGUAGACUCUGCUGCGGAAAUUGAUGAUUUCUGCACUCUUGAUGGUCUUCUUGUAUGUUAUUUUGUGUUGUUCUUUAGGUGUCAAUGCUAUCCAGCUUUUCUGACAAUCAUUCCAACACAGGAACUGUGUAAACUAUAUAGUAUAUCCAGCCUUUGAUGUUGCUACCGUCUCAGUUCUAGAAUUGAAUUCAUGAAAGUUUGGGCCUCUAAUAUGGAUACUUCUCCAUGUGCUCUGGUGGAACAAGAGGGUUGUGCACCUGCAAGGCUUUUUGAUACUUAAGUCAAUAUGCAUGAACAACAUGCAUAAUGUGUAAGGUAGAAUAUUUUCAUAAUU